AUUUAUUACCUGUUAUAUACAGCAAUCGAGUUCUUGCAUGAAUUACUUGUUCAUAAAGAAAACCCAUUAGCUUUGUUCACAAAAAGAAAAGAAAAAAAAUAUUGUCACCUACAAUGGCGAUCAACAUAGGUGUGAUUGAAAUCUGCAUAACAUUCAUUUUGUUUAUCCUCCUAGGUUUCUUACAUCACAAGAAAACUCCGAAGUAUUUGCCCACAAACUGGCCGGUCCUUGGGAUGCUUCCGGGUCUCCUCGUCCAUAUCAAUCGUAUCUAUGACGCGAUCACCGAGCUUCUUGAGACCUCCAAUAUGACAUUUUGUUUCAAAGGGCCAUGGCUUAGUGGAACUGACAUAUUGAUCACUGUUGAUCCGGCUAAUAUCCAUUACAUUCUAAGUUCAAAUUUCGAUAAUUACCCCAAAGGGAUGGAGUUUAAGCAGAUCUUUGAAGUCUUGGGAGAUUCAAUUUUUAACGUUGACUCGGAGUUGUGGGAGGAUAUGAGGAACUCGUCUCAUGCCAUCUUUAGCCAUCAAGAUUUCCAAAGGUUUUGGGUGAAUACAAGCGUAAGCAAAUUGAAUCAAGGGCUUGUACCUAUUCUUGAAAACGCUGUUGAGAAAAACAUCAUCGUCGACUUGCAAGAUCUGUUCGACAGAUUCUUGUUUGAUACAUCUUCGAUUUUGAUAACCGGGUAUGAUCCAAGAUGUCUUUCCAUCGAAAUGCCUAAGGUUAAUUUCAGUGACGCUGUGGACGGUGUUGCCGAUGGGCUUUUCUACAGACAUGCCAAUCCGGUUCUGUUUUGGAAGCUCCAAUAUUGGAUUGGAGUUGGAGUAGAAAAGAGCAUGAGAAGAGGUAUCGCGGUGUUCGAUGAGAUGCUCGAGAAGAUCAUAUCGGCUAAACGAGAGGAGAUCAAACUUCAUGGGAUUCGUGACUCAGAAGGAGAGGCCAUGGACGUUUUAACGUAUUACAUGACUAUAGACACGACCAAGUAUAAACACUUGAAACCAAACAACGAUAAAUUCAUCAGAGACACUAUUUUAGGGAUUUUGAUAGCGGCAAAAGACACAACAAGCUCAGCUCUCACUUGGUUUUUCUGGCUUCUCUCCAAGAACCCUGAAGCAAUGAUCAAGAUUCGACGAGAGAUUAACAACAAGAUGCCAAAGUUUGGUCCAGCAGAUUUAGACAAGCUCGUGUAUCUAGACGGUGCCGUGUGUGAGACGCUCAGGUUAUACCCAUCAGUCCCAUUUAACCAUAAGUCACCGGCAAAGCCAGACGUGCUUCCAGUCGAUGACAACUGGAAGAUAGUCAUAUCUAUUUAUGCAUUGGGGAGGAUGAAAUCUGUUUGGGGAGAUGAUGCAGAAGAUUUCAGACCAGAGAGAUGGAUUUCAGACAGUGGAAUGUUGAGACAUGAACCUUCAUAUAAGUUCUUGGCGUUUAGCGCUGGUCCAAGAAGCUGCUUGGGGAAAAAGUUAACGUUCUUGCAGAUAAAGACAGUGGCUGCGAAAAUCAUACAAAAUUAUGACAUUAAGGUCGUUGAAGGGCAAAAAACUGAACCAGUUCCUUCUGUUCUUCUUCGCUUGCAACAUGGUCUCAAAGUUAGUGUCACUAAGAUAUAGAGAUAAAUUGUUUUUGUUA